ACUGUAAAUUACAGGACUCAUUUAUGGCGUUAAACUUACUCUAACAAGGCCUGACAUAAUCCGCAGUGCAGCAAUGAUCCGUGUCUUCUGCUACCGAGGGCUAUCUUUAGAGGAAGUUAGCGUUGGCCCUCAGUAACGAACCCCUGCUUUUCUUUUCGACAUUUUAAGUGCGCACUUAUUAUUAAAUGUGUGUUUCAGCUAGUUUUAAGACACCUAUACACCCAUAGAGUUGCGGCAAUCUUCGUCUACGGUUCGCAGGGCAGCAAGAUGAAGAAGCAGAGGGAGAGCCAGUGCACUCAGAAGACCAUCUCAUUGCUGAGCCCCCUGGGGACGAUCCAAGUCAGUGGAUGUGAGAAUGGUGUGCACACCAUCCAGAUCCUAAUGGAUGUCGCACCUGCUGAAAGGAGUGGCGAGGCCCCCCUGAGCUGUGUGGUCAACGAUAGCCCGGCAGAAACGAGCCCCGAGAUGCAGCGCUGCAUUGAAUGGCUCCAGGCGUACUUCAGUGAGCCGCAGACCGCUGGGAGUCUCCCGCUCCCUGCCUUUCACCACCCCGCCCUGCAAGGAGACGCGUUCACCAGCCGCGUGCUGCAGGUACUUCUGAGGGAUGUGAAGUUUGGAGAGACGGUCUCGUACAAACGCCUCGCUGAGAUGGCGGGAAACCCCAGAGCGGUGCGGGCUGUGGGAGGGGCCAUGAGGAGGAACCCGGUUCCUCUCCUCAUCCCCUGCCACCGAGUCAUUUCUAGCAGUGGACAGAGUGGGCCGUACAUGAGCGGCAAGGGCGACCAUCUCAAACAAUGGCUGCUCACCCAUGAGAGGCAGAGAGGGGAAGGCUAAAGCAUGACAGAGGCCAACUGUCCUUCAUUCAGUGUGCGCACACACACACACACACACACACACACACACACACACACACAAGGCCAGUAUUUUUUUUUAAGGACACAAAACAGGGCCAUAAAGUUUAGCGUGCUUGGCACACACUGUGGAACAACUGGAGGUACUUGUAGAUAUUCAGUUUAUACUCCUUUUUUUAAUCUAAGAAUAGAGUUGCUGCAUAGUUAAUGUGAUACAGAGUUGUUGCAGAAUUAGAAUGUACAAAAAUAACUUAAACCGAGAACAGUAGGAAUUACAAACAUAUGCUCCCGUGGGUCUCCGCUGCGUUUGCCAGAUAGUGCUGGAAUGGUUUUUCUAAAGAAUUAUUAUUCCCUUAAAAAUAUGUCUCUUGCAUUGUUGUUGUUGUUGUUGUUUUUUUUUCCUAAGCAGAAUUAGUCUUUGUACCUCUCGUUGGUUUUUUAAUUUCCUGCCAAGUGAAUGCUUUGUUCAACAUCCAGUGAUAAAGGCUCUGAAUUUUACUGCUACAAAGCUUUGUAGUGAAGCAUUUGUUUUGUCUUCAUUUAGAUCUCAUUGUUUGCUCUCGCCUUAUAAUCCACCUAGAGUGGAGAUGUCUUAUGCAUUAUAUACUGUACUUUUGUUACAUUAGACAAGUUUAAAUAAAUACAUCUCAAAAUGACAAA